GGUCGUCGUUCAGUGCUGUCCGGACCGCGUGCCCGUCGCCCGUGUAUUCCUUGUGGUCUUCGUCGCCGCUGCCGUCCGUGUGCGAUUUACCCGGACGCGCUAAUAAUCGUGCUAUUUAGGCGGCACAGCCUGUCCCCGCGGUGCGCCAUCCCCGAGCCGCCGGAACUCUCCCGCCCGGAGCUAUGCUGGAUAUGAUGAACAAAAUGGCCGAACUCAAGUUCGAAGCGCCGCUGGCGCAGUUCGAGGAGACGGAAGAGUGGACGAAAAUGAUGGACGACGAACCGUCGUCCGCGGCCAAAAUGCACAUCGGUGGUCAGCCGGCGGCCGCGCAGCAGUUGGACAACGUUCCCGGCAACAACAAGACCCAGGAACCCGUCGGCGGCGGCAAGUCCGGGUGUACGCAAUGCGGCGUCAACAACAACGUCAACGUCGUGGAAGUGGCCGACGGCGACAACUUCGGCGAAACGUUCAGCGGCUCUCUGGAGGACCUGGUGCACACUUUCGACGACAAGAUCACCAGAUGCUUUUGCGAUUACGAGGAAUCCGUGGAAAAACUCGCGCCCGUCCAGAUCCGCACUCAAGAGGAGAUCAUGAACGAAUGCCAGAUGUGGUGGACAAUAACUGGAAAUUUUGGCAAUAUUCUACCGAUCGAUUGGUCAAAAUCGUACGCGCGCAAAGUACAUUUGCCGGUGUUAAAUCUGAACAAUAAUCCUCAGGACGACUCGUCAGACGAUCUCAGCAGCGAAGACGAGGCCGUUGCCAACGAUUUGGACAUGCACAGCUUGAUUUUGUCAGGGCCCAGCACAGAUAUCGAACCUCCCACGGCCGAUGAAGUAAUCCGAGAAAUCGACGACAUUAUGGAGGAAGGUACGUCGGACGAGUGCACGCCGGACUGCGAAGAUCCCAAGGUCCCGCUUCAUUCGCCUUUGCUCGAAGAAAAGUUGAAAACCCUGAACUUGCCUCAGCUCAACGAGGUCUACAUGGAACUGGAAAUGUUAAUCAGAGACUAUUCCGAGACGUUGAUUGCAGAGUUGGCCCUCAGGGACGAAUUGGAAUUCGAAAAAGAGUUGAAAAAUUCUUUCAUAUCGCUUUUGUUGGCCGUGCAAAACCGGAGGAGACAAUAUCACGUGGAGAAAAAGAGAAAUUCUCGGACGGGAACGACGAAUAAUAAAAAUCCAGUAAACGAACCUAAAUAUCUUACCACAGUCAUACCAUAUCAUUUGGACAAUGGACCUUUAAGUAACCAAGCACUUCAAGUUCUGAUAAAAAUACUGAAAGCGAUCAACGAAGAUAGCCCCACUGUUCCUACUUUGCUAACGGACUACAUACUCAAAGUACUGUGUCCUACAUAAUUCUCUGUACCAGAUCUGUUUUGUGACAAAGUCAACUGCACCUUGAACUCUACGUGAUAAAACCUAAUUUAAAUUAAGCUUUUUAAGGCAUAGUCAUAUAUAUAUAUAUAUAUACUUCUUUUAAGUAGUAAUAUAAUUUUAUUUAUAAGAUCUACUCAAAGUAGUAAUACUAUGUAAUUUUUAAAAAAAAUUAUAUACACUUUAUUUUUAAUAGCAUUGUCAUUAGAUAAAAAAAAAGCCCUAUAAAAAUACGUUAUUUUUAUUAUAAAUCGACUUUUGCCGAUGAGCAAUUAAUUUCUAAGAAUAAGUUUUUCUAGCCCCCUACUUAUCAUAUUUUCGUUUAAGAUUUUUUUGUACCUAUUACGACCUUCUUUUAUUGGUCUAUGUUUUCUAGUUUUUAAUAUUAUAACAAGAACAUUUUCAAAAUGGAUAAAAAAAACUAUUUUAAUAAUUCUGGUGCUUUACAAAUUUUACAUUCGGGGAAAACAAAAAAUAAAAACCAUAAUAAUUUGUUUAUUAUUAUUUUAAUUAUUCAGUAUACUCUUCCAUACUUGUAUAAUUAUAAUGUAUGUAAGCCCUUCAAGUUGCUUAGUCUAUUCAAUCCACUGUUGUGCUAAAGAUAAAUACUAUCAAUAAUAAUUAUAAAGAAGAUUAAUAUUCUUAGAAAGAAAGAGAUAAAUAUUUUGUAAAUUCAAUGUUCUUGUUGGGCUGGGACCAAAGUGAAUGUGAUUUCAAAGAAUGUAUAACUGUGUUUUAAUGUAUAUCGUUGAAAAUAGUUCAUUAUGUAUCUCAUUGACAAUAUUAAUAGUUAACCGGUUUCAAGAAACAAGUGUAAUAUUAUUCAUUCCUAACAAUAUAUUGACCUAAUAUUAUAUUAUAUUAUAUAAUAAUAAUAAUAUAUAAUUUAUAUGUAUUCUUACAAUGUACAAUGUAUUAUUAUUAUUAUUAUUGCUUUUACACUGUGUAUUGCAUAUUUUUAACGUUGAGUUAUUGUAAUAAGCUUUGAUGCAGAGUUGAAAAGGAAAAAAAUUGUCUAAUAAUAUUUUAAAAUGUAUACCAAUUCAUUAACUGACGGCCUCGGCUACUAAGCUCUAAAAUGCUUAAAAUUUUGUUUUUAUUAUUAUUAUUACUUAAGACGCGUAUGAAAUGUUUCAACUAUAUUUAUUAAUAUUUAUGUUGUGUAUUUUUUUUCUUCUUAAGUUUCAUCUGACAAUAACAGAUGUAAAUUACUAUAUUGUACUAUAACAACACUGUCUAGUCAUAAUAUUAGUUUGUAUUUAUAAGUAAAAUUCAAAAUAUAAUAGCUUGGUAUUUACUAUUUA